AUGGAUGGAAACAAACAAGAAAUCCACUGUAUGGCUUUGUCCCGCAAACAGUUUCUUGGGGUUAACACUGUAAACACUACUGCACUGGCAGUUGCUGCAGCCCCCAAACAGUUUUUGUCAGCUGCUGCUUCAGCCAUGCCAACAUGUUUUCCACAGCUUCCUGCAGUCCCACUAAUCCCAACCAACUGUGCCAAUCCUGGAACGUUUAAUUUCAAUUUUAACUUUGGACAAACCCCGAAAAAUACGGAAGCGUCUUCACCAGUUGUCAUGACAGCAGCCGGAUCAGAUCUUGUCCCUCCUAAAACAUCACCCAGAACAUCAACGCCAGGUAACACAACUGAAAAGCCAUUCAAAUGCAAUAUGUGUGGCCAGCAGUUUGCCCGAAGGGACACGCUACAAUGCCAUCAACGGACACACACGGGCGAGCGUCCCUAUCCUUGUGACACAUGCCCAUUACGAUUCGCACGGCGUGAUACUCUUCAGUGCCAUCGUCGGACACAUACUGGUGAGAGACGGUUUGCAUGCGAUAUCUGUUUGCAGAGAUUCGCACGACGUGAUACUCUACGCUGCCACAGACGGACCCAUUCUGGGGACAAGCCAUUUGCUUGUGACCUGUGCAUUCAGCGGUUUGCAAGGCGGGAUACACUGCAGUGUCACAGACGCACACACUCUGGAGAGAAGCCGUUUGUUUGUCAGUAUUGCAAUAAACGAUUUGCACGAACCGAUAAGCUGCAGCGUCAUCGCAGGACGCAUUUGCGCGGUGCCAAUAAUAUCAAUGUUGUCAGCAAUAGCAGUAACAGCUCUGCUAAUUGCAACGGUUGUGUCCGAAGCCCUGAUGCCAAUUUGAACGAUAACCGUGCUCCUUCCGAGGGUAAUGCUAACAACCAAAACUCUCAACAAGGCAGCAGUAGUGGAAAUAAUACUGUAACUACCACCACCAACAACAACAACACUAGUGUCACCACAAGCAACAACAACAACAACAACAUUGUUUCUCCUGUCUCCCCCUCAGUUACUACCACCACCAUUAACCAAACCAAUCAUACCACUACACAUUCAGUUCCCUGUAGCAGCCAGCAUCUUCACUCCAACAGUAACGUUACCAUGGUAACUCCACAUCACCAUUCUCCCCAUCCACCCCAGAUGCCCCCAACAUCAUCUGUUGUUUCCAUGAGCUCGAUGUAUCCACAGACUACGGGGGGGUUUAUACCCCCAUCUCUACCAAAAACAGACAGGUUCCCUGCAAACAUGACAAACCAACUUUGGCAAAUUUUCUACUGA